ACCUUCAGGAUCUGCUGAGCUCGGCCGAGUUAGCGACAUCGCGCAGUUUCUAACCUCGAAUUCGCUGAUAGAAUCCAGUGCGUCGCGGAAAUCGGCGAGGUUGUUGCUCUUGUUACUUCGAUUGGUCGGGCAGCAGCGGCCAGCAGCAGAGAGAGAGGGAGACAUAGACACACACACAGAGGGACACAGACACGGACAGAGCAGGGCGAUGAAGGUCACAGUGAAGACCCUCAAGGGGCUUCAAUUCGACGUCAACGUCGAGCCGUCAGAUAAGGUGGCGGAGGUGAAGGGGAAGAUCUUUGAGAUUCAGGGCGCGGCGUUCCCCCGCGAGCAGCAGCUGCUGAUCCACCAGGGCAAGGUGCUCAAGGACGACACGACGCUCGCCGAAAGCAACGUGUCGGAGAAUGGCUUCCUCGUCGUCAUGCUCACAAAGCCUAAACCCGGAGCCGCGGGGGGGUCGUCGUCAGCGCAAGCAGCGCCCGCAGCAACCCCUGCACCGGCGCCUGCUGCGGCACCAGCGCCCGCGCCAGCAGCACCAGCGGCGCCAGCAGCACCCGCCCCCGCGCCCGCGGCCGAACCUGCCGCUCCAGCAGCCGCCGCAGCCCCGCCUGCCGCCACCGCCGCACCCGCAGCCGCGGGCGAGCAGGCGGGGGCCGGCGCGGCGGCGGAGAGCGCGGGGGUGUACGGGCAGGCGGCGUCCGCGCUGCUGGCGGGGCCGCACUUGGAGGCGACGGUGGCGCAGAUCCUGGAGAUGGGCGGCGGCAGCUGGGACCGCGAGACCGUGCUACGCGCGCUGAGGGCCGCCUUCAACAACCCCGAGCGCGCCGUCGAAUACCUCUACUCGGGCAUACCAGAGACGGCCGCCCCGCCUGUGGCGAGAGCGCCCCCUGGGUCGGCAGGGGGAGCGGAGGCGGCGGGCGGGGAGGACGUGGCGAUGGAGGGCGGCCCCAACACCGCCCCGCUCAACCUCUUCCCCCAGCCGGGGCAAGGGGGGGCAGCGGCAGGUGCGGAGGGAGCCGCCUCUCAGCUCGACUUUCUGCGAGCCAACCCCCGGUUCCAAGAGCUAAGAGCCAUGGUGCAAGCGCGGCCUCAACUGCUGCAGCCCAUGCUGCAGGAGCUGGGCAAGCAGAACCCCGAGCUGCUGCAGCUCAUACAGGCGCACCAGAGCGAGUUUCUGCAGCUCAUCAACGAGCCGCCGCCCGAAGGCGAGCUCAUGAGUCAGCUGGAGGCGGCAGCAGCGGCAGCAGCAGGAGGGGAGGGCCUUCCCCCCGGCGUGAGAGCGAUUCAAGUGACGCCCGAGGAGCAGGAGGCCAUUGCACGGCUGGAGGCGAUGGGCUUUGAGCGCGACCUGGUGAUCGAGGCCUUCUUUGCCUGCGACAAGAACGAGGAGCUGGCUGCCAAUUACCUGCUCGAGCACGGCGCCGAGUUCGACGACUGACGGGCACAUGCUGCUCGGCACGGAUCUGCCGUGGUGCAGUGAAUAAAGACAGCUCGCAUUGUGUGCAUGGCAGCAUGGGUCGCAUUGCAACAGGGCACAUGAGUGGAUCCCUGGGUUUUUUCUCGGAGCUUGUCAGCUAGCUUCGUGAGCUCCUGCUCGAUGGACUUGUUAGAUUUUAUCAGCCCGGCUGAUUACUUACAGCUCAAGUGCACGCAGCAGGCGCUUGCUCGGUCCAGGCCUGGUAUUAUCAUAUCCACUGGUAUCUGCAAUUGAACACCUAGUGUAUGAACCAGCUAACUUAGGACGCGGUGUAUGCAAAGGAAAAAGAGGAGCCCUGUUGCGCCAUAUCGGGAAUUGACACCUGUUGGGCUGAGAAAAUGCCCUUAGGAUCUUUCCAGAGACUAAGUCCCAGUUGUAAAAGACUUGAGUAGUG